AACAAUAACAAUUCAUUCUAUUGUGUCCAUGCGUGUCCCAUCAAAACAUCAAGGAAACGAAUUUUAAUAAUAAAAUUAGUUUGAAUUUUGUUCUGAUAAUUGCUUGUGCUCAUGUCAAGAGUUGACUUCAUGUAAUUCAUAUUGUUUAAUUUUUUAAGUGGGCACUCCCAAGUGAAGUUUCAUCUCAGUAAAGUCUGCACACAUAUUUCGGAACACCCGCAUGCACUCGAAAGAUGGCAUUGGUAGAUGAGUGCAAGGAUAUCAAACUCGAGGACCUUCUAAAAAUCAAGGAAAAAAUAGGAUCAAAAGCUUUCAACAAGAAAGUCCUAGGUGUGCAGCCAGAACACAAGAAACCAAGAGAAAGCGAUGAAGCACCUCACAAGAAGAAAAAUAGACCUCAAGAAAUGUCAUCAAAAAAGCCGGUAUCAAAGUUCCGCGAAAUUGUUCCUUUGAAGAGGAAGAAAUUCACGGAUCCCAGAUUUGAUAACUUAUAUGGUCCUUUGAACGAAGAGGCAUUCAAGCAAAAUUAUGAAUUUAUAGGAGAAAUCAAAAAGAAAGAAUUGGCUACACUGAAACGACAGUUCAAAGAAGAAGACGAUCCUGAGAGUAAAGAGAAGAUAAAGUUUUUGAUUACCCGAAUGGAAAAUCAAAUCAGAGAAAAACAGAAAGUGAAUGCAAGGAGAGAAAAGGAAAGGACUGAAAGAGCCCAGAACAUCGAACGCCUGAAAGAAGGAAAGAUCCCUCAUUUCAAGAGUAAACGUGAGAAGAAAAUAUCAGCUCUUGUUGAUCAGUACGAGCAGUUGAAAAAGGACGGAAAGCUACCAAAAUACCUUGAGAAGAAACGAAAGAAGCAAAUUCACAAACAGCGGAGGUAUUUUGAGCAUGAUCUCCCGGAAUAGGUCUCGAAUCCCUCCUGUGAGCUGCUGGUAGUUAUUUUGCCAGGUCGCAACGCCACUUUUGACUUGUAAAGUUGCAGAAUUUUGUCUGAUUUUCGCCUUGUGAAUUAGGAUAAUCACUUGUAUUCUCUAGUCCAGAGAAAGGCUGGAGAAUUUUUCCACCGUUCUGUGGUUUAUGGAUCCGAAACUUAGAUCUGUUUUGAAUAUCCUUGAAAGCACCUUCCUCUCACUUAUCUCAGAGAAAUCGCAGAAUUGGCUAAAGAGAGUUAAGUGUAGUGCCUAUAUUAAGGCCAAGAAAACCAGGAAACUAGGUCUUUACCCGGAACUUUUCAACUACAGCUCCCCUACAAUUAAUGCCUUUUAAUCAGGGAGUAGCAGGAAAAACAGUUAAUUUAUUUUUUUAUAUUUUUUAUCAGAGUAAUGAAAUAUAUCUGGGAUAUAGAUGAAAAAAUUAAACACUAAGAAGUGCCCCGAAACUGUAUGUAACAAGGUGGAGAAAUGG